ACUUAGGCCACGCCCACACAAGCCACGCCCACCACGCGCGAUGGGAUUCGCCGGCAGCCUCGGGUUGGUUUGGUUCGUCCUGGGCGCCCUCGGCCCCUCCCCCCCCGCGGCCGGGGAGGAUUGGUGCCCCCACCCCCUGAACAGGACCCACUGCCGCUGCCCCCCCGGCUACGAGGGACCCCCCUGGGACAGGAACCAGCCCUGGGACCGGCAGUGCGAGGACAUCAACGAGUGCCUGGGGGAGGGGCCCCCGCCCUGCCCCCCCUCCCAGAGCUGCCACAACACCGAGGGGAGCUUCAGGUGCGACUGCAACCGCGGCUACCGGCCCGGGACCCCCCCCAAAAAAACCGGACCCCCCCGGAAAUGGGGCAGGGACCCCCGGAAAUGGGGCAGAGACCCCCGGAAACGGCACCGGGACCCCCGGAAAUGGGGGAGGGACCCCCGGAAAUGGCACCGAGACCCCCGGAAAUGGGACCAGGACCCCCGGAAAUGGCACCGGGACCCCCGGAAAUGGGGGAGGGACCCCCGGAAAUGGCACCAGGACCCCCGGAAAUGGGACCAGGACCCCCGGAAAUGGGGCAGAGACCCCCGGAAGUGGGGCAGAGACCCCCGGAAAUGGCAGCGGGACCCCCGGAAAUUGGGCAGAGACCCCCGGAAAACGGCACCGGGACCCCCGGAAAUGGGGCAGAGACCCCCGGAAAUGGGGGAGGGACCCCGAUUUAUUGUGAAGAUGUGGACGAGUGCGCCGAGUGGGGGGAGGGGCUGUGUGGGGGGGGCUCCGUCUGCCUCAACACCCCCGGGAGCUUCGAGUGCCACUGUCCCCCCCCCGGGAGGGGACCCCCGGGCCCGGGGGGGUGCCCAGCGGUGCCGGUGCCCCCCGAAAUCUGCCCCGAGGAAGAGGUGA